AUGAACGCAGAGCAAAAGGCUCGAAUAGAAGCUAACAGACGGAGAGCUUUAGAAAGGCUAAAAAGCAGAGGGAUCAUAAGAGAUGAACAGGCCAAGCAGAUCGAAAGUCGUAAUGAACCACGUCCAAAACGGACUCUAAACGAGGCCCCGGGGGUCGACUCGACAAUCGCAGAAAACCGAGCUAAAGCCAUGAAGCUCUACACCCAUCACCAACAAAACCUUCGCGAUGCCUCUCUUGGAACAAACCCUUCUGUAGAGCUCGACCGGUCAACUGCUAGCAAAAGACCCUUGGAUAGGAUACGACCCACGGUUCGCAAGCAGGACUACAUUGAGUAUGAUUUGGCUACGAUGAAAAACUCUCAUGGGGGGUUCAUCAACGCAGAUGAUGAGCCCAGCAGCGGUGAUGGAGUACAGAACCAGUCGCUAGAGGAGUGGAAAAAAGCACAGCAGGAACGUAGAGCACUUUAUGAGGACGCAGAGCCUCCGGAACAUCCGUCGCUAGCUCCAAAGUGUACCGAGUGUGAAAUAAAUACGGAGUUAGAUCCACUUUUGCACGAUGUUUUCAAACUUCAGGUAUGCAAAGCUUGUGUUAAAGCUCACCCAGAGAAAUUCUCACUGCUGACAAAGACCGAGUGCAAAGAGGACUAUUUUUUGACGGAUCCGGAGCUCAACGAUACGGCCCUUUUUCACCGAUUUGAAAAGCCAAACCCCCAUUCUGGAACGUUUGCUAGAAUGCAGCUUUUUGUGCGUUGUCAGGUCGAGGAGUUUUCAUACAAUAAAUGGGGUAGCGCUGAGGGUUUGGAUAGUGAAUGGCAAAGGCGUGAAGAAGGAAAAGCUCAGCGGCGUGAAAAGAAGUACAAAGAGAAAAUGAAGCAAAUGCGAAUUAAAACUAGGGCUCAGGAAUAUACUAGAAAAUUGCUCGAUCGCAAGCACGGCAAAGAACAUAUUCAUGAGUUUUCUGCUGCCGUCGGUGGAGGUACUAAUGAAGAAGGGUUGCAAAUUCUCAAACGCAGGUGCCAGAGUUGUGGCAUGGAAACAGAAGAAAUUGCUCUAUGA